UAAUCGACUGUUGUUGGUCAAUUUAUUACGGCUUAAAGAUUAAAACAAGGUUGUGGACAAGGGAUCAGUCCCGAUGUACAGUAGGUGUAAUAAGCUUUAAGCUUUAAAAAAUUGACCAAUCAUAGUCGAAUUAUAGAAGAAUAAUCAAUCGUGAUUGGUUAAUUUCUUACGACUUAAAGCUUACUACACCUAUUGUAGAUAGGGACUUAUAAUAGGUGUCACGUGCAAAAAUAUAAAAUUUGAGAGCUAAACUUACUGUGAACGUUAUUGUUAUAUUCCAAAAAGGUUAGCUAGAAAGAGAGAGAGAGAAAAAAAGAGUGUACUAAUAGAGGAAAAAAAAAAGAAAAAUGUGAAAUAUAAACGUGAUAGAAUUUACAUAAUGCUUUAUCUAUUCUCAAAUAUGAAUAUUUCAGAUAUUUCAAGUCAACGUUUAUUAGGAUACAAAUAUGAGCUUUGUCAAUGAGAAUACACAAGGUGUUGCACAAGAUCUAAAGAAUGAAAAGAAGAUAGAAAAGAAUAAUUACCUGGCUGUGUAUCAUACACUGAAAUUUUCCAAGCAGGAUAAAGACUGUUUUGAAGUUGCAGACAUUGAACGCAGAUCUUUAGCUAUGAAGUAUAUGACAGCGAAAUUAUAUGAUUCAGAUGAUACUGCAGCAAUAUUACUUCGAGAGGGUCUUGAAGACUAUGAUACCCUAAUGAAAGACAAAGAUGGAGUGAACAAUUAUUGGAAACAGAUUAAAUCUCAACUACCAAAUUUAAAAAAUGAUCCAUUAAAGUGGAAAUCUGGAUUGAACGAUGUGGAUUAUGCACUGAAUAUUAUAAAACCUCUAACUUGCCAAGAAAGCAAUACUUUACCUUGCAAAGGGAAAUCUUACAAUGAUAGGGACAUAGAGAAAUUGAUAAAUAAAUCCAAAAAGGAUACAUUAUCAGAGAGAAAUAGAAAGAUUCCCUUGCAAAUGCAAGCAAGUACAAGCAAAUUACAAGCAACUCCCUCAACAAGCCAAAGAAAAAAUGUAAGUAAGGUCUUAGUGGAGCCUAAUGAUGAACCGAACACAUCUGCAUACUUCACAAAUAUCUCCAGAAGCAAUAGUUCCAAUAUGCGUGUAAGUUGCACUGAACAGAAUGUACCCAAACUUCAGUCAAACACGUAUAGUCGGUCUUACCAGAAUUUGAACAACUUUGUACAAAAACGCCCUUCUAAACCAAUUAACAAUGACAUCAGUGAUAGAACUAAGAGCCUGCACAAAGUACCAAAUCCUCGUGCGCCGAAGUUAAAACCAGCCGCUACUAUCCCGCAGUUUGACGACGAAAAAGCGGAAGCACAAGAGAACGCGUUUGGUGGAGCCUUUAGAAGCGCCAGAGACGAAUUGUACAUUCAAGAAAUGAAGAACGGCCGAGGGCCACCAAAGAAGAGCUUGGGCGGUCGAGCGGCGGUUAAUUCUCAAUUUGUCUGUCCUUUCAAACGCGACAAAGAAAAGUCAAUGGAGAGCUACAACAGUCGGGCGCAGAACAGGGUUAACACAGAGGAGGUGGAGGAUGAGAGGCUGAGGAACAUCGAUCCGACCAUGAUCGAGCUGAUCAGGAACGAAAUCAUGGACUCGGACAAGUCGGUAACGUGGGAUGACAUCGCGGGGCUGGAGUAUACCAAGAAGAUCAUCAAGGAAGUAGUGGUGUUCCCGAUGCUGCGACCGGACAUCUUCACCGGCCUACGCCGUCCACCCAAAGGUAUUUUGCUCUUUGGCCCGCCUGGAACUGGCAAGACCCUAAUCGGCAAGUGCAUCGCCUCGCAGAGCAAAUCCACAUUCUUCUCGAUCUCCGCCAGCUCUCUCACCUCUAAAUGGAUCGGUGAAGGUGAGAAGAUGGUACGCGCAUUAUUCGCGGUAGCGAGAGUUCACCAGCCGUCGGUCGUCUUCAUCGACGAGAUAGACUCGCUGCUGACGCAGAGGUCCGAGACGGAGCACGAGAGUUCUCGCAGAUUGAAAACGGAAUUUCUCGUGCAGCUGGACGGCGCGGCGACAUCGGACGACGAUCGCAUUUUGAUCGUUGGCGCAACUAAUCGGCCGCAGGAGUUAGACGAGGCGGCGAGAAGACGUCUCGUCAAGCGGCUGUACGUUCCUCUGCCGGAAUUGAAAGCACGCGAGCAGAUCAUAAACAAUUUGUUGGCCUCGGUGCGACACAAUCUCAGCUCGGACGACGUCGCGAUAAUCGCGGAGUGUUCCGCAGGAUAUUCCGGUGCUGAUAUGACGAAUCUAUGCAAGGAAGCCAGCAUGGAGCCAAUCAGAAGCAUUCCGUUCAGUCAAUUAGAGGAUAUCAGGAUGGAAGAGGUGAGACAUAUCACAAAACGUGACUUCGAGGAGGCUCUAAACAACGUGCGACCCAGCGUGUCGCAGUCAGACUUGAACAUCUACAUUGAGUGGGAUCGCACUUACGGAUCUGGUACCGCACAGAAUUACAAAGUAUAAAUUAAAACAAAAGCAAUUGCAGAGCUGUGAGCUACGUGUACAAAUUAAUGUGAGAUAUUACCUAAUUUAUGUACUUUAUUUUCAUAACACCGAAUUUUGUUAUAAAUAUAACUUCGUAUAAAAUGAGAAAUAUAUUUGUAAAGAGAAAAUCAAUUAUACAUCAA